UGGGAGGACACCUCGAGGAAUUGAGGAAGUCGCUUCGUGGAGGGGGUGAGGGAGGGCCCCUCUCGGUGGCGCUGGGAGGUCUCUACCUGCCGCGAAGACGUUCGAACCUGCCGGGAGGACGUCUCCACGCGGAGGGAUGACGUUUCCUCGCGGUGGGACGAAGUCUCUACGCGGACAGUCGAUGUCUCCUUGUGGCGGGUGCUUUCCACUCGCGGGGCGGAGGACUUGCUCCUAAGGGGCGAGCCCAUCCUGCCCGUACACCUUAGUCAGGAGGGACAAAGAGGCCUAAGGAUCAUGCUCUGCAUCACGUCACACAGGGAAGGGUGACGUCAGGGUGGUGUAUUACGUCAGGGUAGGCAGCAGAACUCGGGGACCUAAAAACAGAAAGCUUCCGGCACGCCCCGCUCGAUAUAUGCACGCGCAGCCGGACAGAGCGGCACAGAGGGGCGGGACUACUUUUCCCAUAAGUGAGGUUGUCCCCGCCCUCGUGUCCCACUCUGCCCCGCGACCGGAAGUAGGAGCCGUGGCUUCCGGAUUCUCUCUCACCAAUCGAAGCUGCGGUUCGGUUGGAUUGGUAGUGUUCGCGCCUCUCCGCUUGUUAUGGCCACGGCCGUCGCUAUGGAGACAGAUGAUGCUGGAAAUCGACUUCGGUUUCAGUUGGAGUUGGAAUUUGUGCAAUGCUUAGCCAACCCAAAUUACCUUAAUUUUCUUGCCCAAAGAGGUUACUUCAAAGACAAAGCUUUUGUUAAUUAUCUUAAGUACUUGCUUUACUGGAAAGAACCAGAAUAUGCCAAAUAUCUAAAGUACCCUCAGUGUUUACAUAUGUUAGAACUGCUCCAGUAUGAACACUUUCGAAAGGAGCUGGUGAAUGCUCAGUGUGCGAAAUUCAUUGACGAACAGCAGAUUCUACACUGGCAGCACUAUUCGAGGAAGCGGAUGCGUCUUCAGCAAGCCCUGGCAGAGCAGCAACAGCAGAAUAACACAGCAGGAAAAUGAAGAGCUGGGGACAGACCAGGCUCUUAGGACAUGUAUAUAAUGUAUUGCUAUUGUAUAGUACAGAGAAAAAGACUCUUCUGCCCCCUUUAUUGUAGCACUCAGAACCAUUAGUGUUUUUUGGUUGGUCAACUUUUUAUUACUAGAUUAUUUCUAUUAAACCAGAAUUGUUCUACUUUGA